CAGAGGCUGCGAUUGGACACUGCUGCUUGACUUUGACAGUCAGUGUGAGUAAGUGGAACGUUCGAAACACCUUCUCCUGCACAGUGCUUCGUGUGACCAGUUCCUCCGAGCCCCAAUCAAGCCUUUAUUCUGGUGCUUUGUGUGAAGAAGCCAUGAAGACACCCUUUUGGGCCCUUUUGUUCCUGAGUUUGUGUGUCCCAGGUCGCAGUGACUGCCAAGAGGACUGUCUAACCUGUGGACUUCUCCUGCCUUCACUACAAUCUUUUGACACACUGGUCUGUCUAAUGGAAUGUGAAGCCCUAGCAUCGCCAGGUCAUUCCCUGGAUCUGUGCAAUCGAGCGUUGAGUGUCAACGUAGCUGCAUUGCCAUCACAAGAGUUAUCAAAGCGUACAGAUGAUGAAGAGAAGCCUGUGGCCUUAUUGAACAUUAAGAACAAUGGAGUGGAGUAUUCAGAAGCACUGGAGCGAUUCCGUCACGCAGCCCAGGCACUCAGUAGCCAUCGAUCUUCUGAGGAGGGGUUAAGAUCUGAUCGAUUGGAGGACACCUCUGACCAGGGGGUUGACUUAAGCAUGGAGGAUGAGCAGGGGCAGAAUGCAGUGGAUACAGAAGAAGAGCAGAACCAGGAAAGCAACGCGUCUCUUAGUCUGUCCAAACGCUUUGGCGGCUUCAUCAAAGGCCGCCACGGCUUUCGAAAGCUGGUGAGCUCUGGCAGGCCCCUGCAGAAGCGCUAUGGCGGCUUCAUAGGGAUUCGCAAGUCGGCCCGUAAGUGGAACAACCAGAAGCGGGUCAGCCAGCUGUUGAGGCAGUACCUGAGUCUCACGGCACGCACGGGUCGCUCGGGCCGUUUUGCCAACCUCUCGGCCGCAGUCCGGCAAAAAAAUGAGGUCUAAGCAUCCUACAGUAGGUGUUGAUCUCUCCUCUUACCUCCAUCACGUACCACAUUCAAGAAGAGAUAAAAGACAUUGAAAUUGAUAUUCAAUGAGGAGUGUUUUUGUCUGUUUGUAUUCAUUAUGAUAUUUAAAAAAAUCUGUAAACUCCUCAGAUCAAAACACACUUAAGCUCAUUGUACUUGAUUAGGAAAUCAACAGGUUUUUUUAUCAUGGCAAAAAUAAAAGCAAUGCACUAAAA